AGUGCCCUAGUCUUACCCAUACAUACGACAGGUCAAAAACAAACUAAUCCACGACGAAACGAAGAGAACGAGUACAAUGGCAUCGGAGAAACGAUGCCACUACGAGGUGCUCGGCCUCUCGCUCGAUUGUACGGCCGAUGAGAUCCGUUCGGCCUACAAGAGGCUAGCCCUGCUCCGCCACCCGGAUAAGCUUGUCAAGUCCGGGCUCAGCCACGCUGAAGCCACCGCCCAAUUCCAGGAGCUAGCCCAGGCGUACGAGGUUCUAUCCGACCCCAAGGAGCGUGCCUGGUACGACUCCCAUCGCACUCAGAUCCUAUUCUCCGACUCUAACAGCGCCUCCAACGCCAACUCUUCAAUCCCUGACUUGUUCCACUUCUUCUCCAAUUCGGUUUUCUCGGGUUAUACCGAUACAGGUAAGGGAUUCUACAAGGUGUAUUCUGAUUUGUUCGAAAAAAUUUAUGCAAACGAGGUCAAAUUUGCGAAAAUUUUGGGGUUGAGGGUGGAUUCGGUGAGGGAGGCUCCGGUGAUGGGGAAUCUUGGGAGCCCGUAUAAGCAGGCGUCCGCUUUUUAUGACUAUUGGCUAGGGUUCUGUACGGUUAUGGAUUUUGGAUGGGUCGAUCAGUUCAAUGCCAAGGCAGGUCCAGACAGGAGGACAAGGAGGUUUAUGGAGGAGGAGAACAAGAAGCUUAGGAAGAAGGCUAAGCGGGAGUACAAUGAGACUGUGAGGAGUUUGGCUGAGUUUGUGAAGAAGAGGGACAAGAGGGUGAUUGAUAUGAUGGUGAAGAGGGAGAAGGAGAGGGAGUUGAAGAAGGAGAAGGAAAAGGAAUGGAGGAAGAAGGUGGAGAGGGAGAAGAGGGAGAGAGCUAGCAGGUACGAGGAGCCUGAAUGGGCAAGAGUUCAGGAGGAAGAAGAGGGUGAAGAAGGACCGAUUGACGGUGAUGUAAUUGAAGAAGGGGGAGAUGAGGAGACUAAGAGGAAUGAGUUUUAUUGUGUUGUGUGUGGGAAAAGAUUUAAAAGUGAAAAGCAGUGGAAGAAUCAUGAGCAGUCCAAGAAGCAUAAGGAGAAGGCUGCUGCAUUGAGAGAGUAUUUCACUGAAGAAGUAGAAGAAAAAGGUCAAGAAGAAGAAGAAGAAAAGGAGGAAGAAGAAGAAAAGGAAGAAGAAAUAGAUGAAGUGAGUGAAUCUGAGGGAGUGAAGAAUGAUGUGGAGGAAUUGAAAGAGAGGUUUAGGGAGGAACUUAGGGUUGGGGAGGGUGGUGGAAAUGGGGUUGAUCAACUAAGUAAUAGGGAUGGGGCAGAGGAAGAUGAUUUCGUAGAUGUUGGGGAUGGGGAUUGGGUAGAAGUCACCGCUGAGGAUGCUGAUGAUGAUCCGAACGAGGAUGAUGAUUGGGAAACGUAUGUAAUUGAAGCAAUGCGUAGGAAAAAGGCAGGUUUAAAGGAUGAGGACAAAGAUGAGGACGUGGAGUUGCCAAUAAAAAUGACCUUGGAGGAUGAGAAGAAUGAUGCCAGCUUUAUGGAGUAUGAUAAUCGAAAGAAAACAGGACGUAAUCAAGGGAGAAGAAAAAAUAGGGAGAAGAAAAAUGGAGAGGCUACAACAAAGGUUGAUCUCGAUGAAACUACAAGUCAUAAUGAGGGAACUAAUGGGCAUGAUAAUUCGCAUGUCACAGAAACCCCUUCCCAUUCUUUUGAUAAGCAUGAAAAUGAGGACAAAAUUGGUGACCAGAGGAGUAAAAAUCGUAGCAAACAGAGUCGAUCUUUUGAUAAAAAGAGGGCGUCAAAGAACGAAACAAUUACAAAAUCUGAUAGGUUGGCUAAAGGAAAGAAAGGAAAGGCAUCAUCUAGGAAUUCAGAAAAUAUAUGUGAGAAAUGCGGAGAGGAAUUUGUAUCAAGGAACCAACUACAUAAGCAUUUGGGUGAUACGGGUCAUGCCUCUCUAAAGAUGUCAAGCCGAUAGCUUCAUAUCUCCUCGUGUGAUCUAUUGGUCCCGAGUUUCUCUGCUUCAGCUUGCUAGGGAAUAUUUAUUCUUUUGUCAUAUUUUAACAUUUCAUAAAAUCAUAGUUGAAAGCAAAUGAUCAAGGACAGUUGUUGAUACUUGCUUUUGGUAACUGUAAAUCGCGAGACAGAUAUGCCAGUAAUCUUACAGAGUAAUGUGAGGGAGAAACUAGAAAUAAGGUUAACGGAGAGAGCAUUCAUUUGAGAAC